GUUGAUGUUGCUGUGAACGGAGAGCACAAUGGUCAUCGGAAGCCACCUCAAGACCGGCCAUUUGGCUGAGGAGAUAUUAACCCUCAGCCUGAAGAUUAUCUGCUUACUGACUGGGCAGGAUUAUAUGAUUGUGAGGAAGCCCAGUGACUGCGUCCCACCCAGCGACGGCCCCCGUGUGUCAGACGGACCCCCCGGGACCCGGAGCCCCAGCCCGGUGCCUCCGCCUCACUCGCUGACCCACGAGAGGAACCGCGAGCAGAAGAUCCUGGAACUGACCAACAAGAUGAUGUCCCUGCUGACUGGAGAGGUGAGCGCUGCUGGGAACGGGACGUUAUACAGUAACACCGAGGCGUGUGUCUGGAUGGUGACGGCUCAUUGUGUGUCUCAGGUUCCUGUGAGGUGUGAUGAUGUCACCGUCCAUUUCUCCAUGGAGGAGUGGGAGUAUUUAGAAGGACACAAGGAGCUUUACAGGGACGUGAUGAUGGAGACCCACCAGCCCCGCGGCUCUCCGGAUGCAUCCGAGGUCAGAGAUCGAGCACCUAAUUCUCCGCUGGACUGUAAGACGUCUCAUUUUAUUAAGGAGGAAUCCGCCUCAUGUGAAGAGACAGACAUUUGCGACCCGGCGGAGUCUCCACAGACAGAGCUCACAUCGACUCGUAAUGAGGACGGAUCCCCCUCAGAUGAAGACGGAAAUGUCUCAGCCCCCGAUACACACACAGAGCACGACGGGGGGGAUAAUACGUCUGUCCACGUAAAGGAGGAAUCCGCUUCCAAUGAAGAUUAUUGGAUCCCAACCGAACACAAGGGAUCUACUUCUACUGAUAAAACCCAAACCAGUAACACACAUUUUCAGUGUGAAACACCCCCCGAUGAGGUUACAUAUAGCUGCCCCGAGUGUCAGGAACGGUUUACCAGUGACUCUGAUCUUCUUCUACAUCAGACCAUCCAUAAUAGAUCGGCGGUCUCCUCUCAGGACGGCGAGAAAAGUUCUCACUCUAAUUCGGAGCAUAUUAGCCAUCAGCGAGGGGAGAAGCCUUAUUCCUGUUCAGAGUGCGGGAAAAGUUUUAAGUGGAAUGCAGAUCUUCUUCGACACCUCAGAGUUCACACCGGCGAGAAGCCUUUUCUGUGUUCCGAGUGCGGGAAAUGUUUUAAGUGGAAUGCAGACCUUCUCCGACACCGUAAAAUUCAUACCGGGGAGGAGGUUUUUCCGUGUUCUGUGUGCGGGAAAUGCUUCACAAGAAAGUUACAUCUUUUAGUUCACCAGCGGACUCACACGGGUGAAAAACCAUUUGUGUGUUCCGAGUGCGGUAAAUGUUGUAACAGUAAAAAGGAACUUAUUAAACAUCUCCAAAUUCACACCGAGGAGAAGCCUUAUUCCUGUCUAGAGUGCGGGAAAUGUUUCAAGAGGAAAGCAGGCCUUCGCCGACACCUCAGAAUUCACACCGGGGAGAAGCCUUUUCCGUGUUCUAAGUGUGGGAAAUGCUUCAAACAAAAGUCUCAUUAUGUCGUCCACCAGCGGAGUCACAUGGGCGAAAAACCAUUUCCGUGUUCCGAGUGCGGGAAAUGUUUAACCAGUAAGUGGCACCUCGUUCAACAUCUCAGACUUCACACCGGGGAGAAACCUUUUCCAUGUCCUGAGUGCGGGAAACGCUUCACGCAAAAGUUACAUCUUUUAGACCACCAGCGGACUCACACGGGUGAUAAAACAUUUGCGUGUUCCGAGUGCGGGAAAUGUUGUAGCAAUAAAGGGGCUCUUGAUAGACAUCUUCGAAUUCACACCGGAGAGAAGCCUUAUUCCUGCUCAGAGUGCGGAAAAUGUUUCACGAGGUCAUCAGAUUUUACCCUCCACCAGCGGACUCACACAGGAGAGAAACCGUUUCCGUGUUCGGAGUGCGGGAAAUGUUUUAUUAGUAAAUGCCGACUUCAUGAACAUCUCAGAGUUCACACCGGGGAGAAGCCUUAUACGUGUUCAGAGUGCAGCAAAUGUUUCAAGCAUAGGUCAAGUUUAGUGGCCCACCAGCAGAUGCACGCGGAUGAAAAAACAUUUCCGUGAGUUUGGAAAUGUGUGGGGAACGCAUGGCGGUAGCAAGAGACUCGCUGACCUUGUCAGAAUUCACACCUGGGAGAAGCCUUAUUCCUGUUCCAAAUGUGAGAAACGGUUCCCACGCUUCAAAUACGUUAUUAUCUCGAAUACGGGCUGCCGUUUACCUUCUAAUUCAACUCUCUAAGUUAGGCGUGAGGCCUAUAAACAGAUGUUAGAUAUUCUCCAAGUCUCCUUACCUGUGUCCCUUUCUGCUUUCCAGUGGCUCCCUGGGCCUCCAGAAGCGCUCCAGUUGGUCAGAAUAAUGCAAAUUCACAGAGAAAGAGAGAU